AUGAAGGAGAUGAAUUCUAGCCAUGCACUCCAAAUUCUGCCUUAUGAAAUGAAGGGGAUGAAUUUUUACCAUGCACUCCAACUUUUCAAUAGGCGUGUGUUUCUUGAAGGCUCUCUGGCGGAGGAUGAUUUUGACCGUCUCUCAAGAGAUAUUGUCUUUACUACCGGGAGCCUUCCUUUAGCUCUUGAAGUUAUAGGUUCGUUACUUCAUGGAAAACCCAAAGCGAGAUGGGAGAAAACAUUAGACAAGUCAAGGGAAAUACCUGAUGAAAAAGUACAAAAGACGUUGAUGAUUAGUUAUGAUGCCCUAAAUGAUCAUCGGCGCGAAAUUUUUCUUGAUGUCGCAUGCCUUUUCACCAAUGAGGAUAUUUGUAAUGCCAAUUACACGUGGGAGGCUUGUGAAUUUCAUCCUGAAAUUGAGGACCUUGUUAGAAUGUCCUUGAUAAAGAUAAAGGACAAUAACAAAUUUUGGAUGCAUAACCAACUGAGAGACUUAGGACGGGAAAUUGUUCAUAAAGAAAGUCCUAAAAAUCUUGGGAAGCGGAGUAGGCUAUGGACUAGCGAGGCGGUCCUUGAUUUAGUAAAAACCAAAGAGAGGAAGGAAGAUGUUGAAGCACUUGAUCUACUGGGAAGGAGUUCUCAUAUCUCAAUUAUCCAUGAAGAAAUCGAAAGGUUUGAAAGUUUGAGGUUCCUGAGAUUAUCUUAUGGGACCUUGCAUGGGGAUUUCAUCGUUUGUCUACCAAAGUUGAGAUGGCUUUCAUGGUGUUCUCCUUCACCGGAUUUUAGUGUGUGCCUACUAUUCAUUCAAAGAAUUUAGUCGUCCUUGAACUUUUUGACAAU